UCCCAGGUGUGGUUCCAGAACCGACGCACUAAAUGGCGGAAGAAGAGUGCCCUGGAGCCAUCUUCCUCCUCUCCCCGCGCAGGGGCUGGACCGGGUGAGCGCUCCGUUUCGGAUGAGGACGAUGAGUACAACAAACCCCUGGACCCUGACUCAGACGACGAGAAGAUCCGACUCCUGUUGCGCAAACAUCGGGCGGCGUUUUCCGUUUUAGGGCUGGGCUCUCAUAGUGGCUGAGCAGCCGCUGAAGGAG